GGAUUUGGGGCCCGCUGGCGCGGCGCCCGGCCGAGGGCACCCCAGGCGCCGAAUAGGCCGCGCCUCCUCCCGGAACUGGCCCGCGCCGCAGGGCGGGAGGAGCGGCAGGAGCCCGGCUAUCGCACGCCGCGGGCCAUGGAGGUCCUUCCCGCAGGCGGGGGCCGGAUGGGGCGCCCGGAGCCGGGGGCAGGGCCGGAGGACGCGGAGGAGGAAGCGGUUCCCGGAGUGCCCGGAGCCCCGUGCCUGCAAGGGACGCCGUCGGCGGAGCGGCUUCGGGGCUCUCGGGACUCCUGGGGGGCGGAGGAGGACCCGGAGUCCGGCGAGCCGCGGGACGGCCGGACCAGCCGCACGGCGUCCCUGGUGAGCGGGCUGCUCACCGAGCUGUACAGCUGCGCCGAGGAGGAGGAGGCGGUGGGCGCGGGCCGCGGGCCCGGGGGUCGCCAGCGGCGCCGCGACAGCCUGGACAGCUCGACGGAGGCUUCCGGCUCCGACGUGUUCCUGGGCGGCCGCGGCAGCGCCGGCGACUCGCGCGUGCUGCAGGAGCUGCAGGAGCGGCCGAGCCAGCGGCACCAGAGGCAGUACCUGCGGCAGAAAGACACUAAUGAACUGAAGACAAUCCUUCAAGAGCUAAAGUACAGAAUUGGCAUUCAGUCGGCAAAGUUACUUCGGCAGCUGAAGCAAAAAGACAGGCUUCUGCACAAAGUACAGAGAAACUGCGACAUUGUGACUGCAUGCUUGCAGGCUGUGUCCCAGAAGCGAAGAGUUGAUACAAAGUUGAAGUUCACUCUUGAGCCAUCUUUAGGUCAAAAUGGUUUUCAGCAGUGGUAUGAUGCUCUGAAGGCAGUUGCCAGGCUGUCAACAGGUAUACCAAAGGAAUGGAGGAGAAAGGUUUGGUUGACUUUGGCAGAUCAGUAUUUGCACAGUAUAGCUAUUGAUUGGGACAAAACCAUGCGUUUCACUUUCAAUGAAAGGAGUAAUCCUGAUGAUGACUCGAUGGGAAUUCAGAUAGUCAAGGAUCUUCACCGCACAGGCUGCAGUUCCUACUGUGGCCAGGAGGCUGAGCAGGACAGGGUUGUGUUAAAACGGGUCCUGUUGGCCUAUGCCCGAUGGAACAAGAAUGUUGGGUACUGCCAAGGCUUUAACAUCCUGGCUGCUCUAAUUCUGGAAGUAGUGGAAGGCAACGAAGGGGAUGCACUGAAGAUUAUGAUUUACCUUAUUGAUAAGGUACUUCCUGAAAGUUAUUUUGUCAAUAACCUCCGGGCUCUAUCCGUGGACAUGGCUGUCUUCAGGGAUCUCUUGAGCCUGAAGCUCCCCGAGUUAUCUCAGCACCUGGACACUCUUCAGAGAACCGCGAACAAGGAAAGUGGAGGUGGCUAUGAGCCUCCACUCACGAACGUCUUCACGAUGCAAUGGUUUCUGACUCUCUUUGCUACGUGCCUCCCUCACCAUACGGUCUUCAAGAUCUGGGAUUCAGUCUUCUUUGAAGGUUCGGAAAUCAUCUUGAGAGUGUCGUUGGCCAUCUGGGCAAAAUUGGGAGAGCAGAUAGAAUGCUGUGAGACAGCAGAUGAAUUCUACAGCACCAUGGGGCGCCUUACCCAGGAGAUGCUAGAGAAUGACCUUCUGGAAAGCCAUGAACUCAUGCAGACUGUUUAUUCUAUGGCUCCAUUCCCUUUCCCACAGUUGGCGGAGUUGAGGGAAAAGUACACCUACAACAUUACACCAUUCCCAGCCACAGUUAAACCCACCUCUGUUUCUGGACGGCAUGGGAAGGUCAGAGACAGUGAUGAAGAGAAUGACCCAGACGAUGAAGAUGCUGUCGCUACUGCCGUGGGGUGUCUUGGACCGUUCAGUGGGCUCCUGGCACCUGAACUGCAGAAGUACCAAAAGCAGAUCAAAGAACCGAAUGAAGAGCAGAGUCUGCGGUCUAACAACAUCGCGGAGCUGAGUCCGGGAGCGAUCAAUUCCUGUCGGAGUGAGUACCACGCGGCCUUCAACAGCAUGAUGAUGGAGCGCAUGACCACGGACAUCAACGCGCUGAAGCAGCAGUAUUCUCGGAUUAAGAAGAAGCAGCAGCAGCAGGUCCACCAGGUGUACAUCCGGGCAGGCCCUGCAGAAGAAAAAGUCCACGGGUUCCUUUUAGGUACCAAGAACCAGGCAGCUGAUGACAAAGGGCCAGUGACCAGCAUUCUCCCGUCUCAGGUGAACAACUCUCCAGUUAUCAACCACCUUCUUUUAGGAAAGAAGAUGAAAAUGUCAAACAGACCUGCCAAGAACGCCGUCAUCCACAUCCCUGGUCACAUGGGAGGCAAGAUGUCUCCUGUCCCCUACGAAGACCUGAAGACAAAGCUCAAUUCGCCGUGGCGGACUCACAUCCGAGUCCACAAAAAGACCAUGACGAGGACCAGGAGUCAGCUGGGCUGCGGGGACACCGUCGGGCUGAUCGAGGAGCAGAAUGAGGGAUGCAAGACUAGCAGCCUGGGGGCAGCAGAGGCCUCCUCCAGUGGGGCAGCCGCCGGAAGGGAGGGUAGCUGCUCCGGAAGCAGCACAGGGCGGACGAUCGAAGGGCGGUCCCCAGAGCCCGCGUUGGGGGAGGCUGAUGCCGACGUGUCUGAGGUCCAGGUGAAGUUAGAAGCCCUGGAACUGAGCCAGAGGGAUGCAGCUGCAGGCCCGGAGCCCAAGGCACACCAGCCCUGCCCACCGCCCUUCUCAGAGCUGUCUGAGGCCCCCGGUGAAAACAGAGCCCCUAGCAAGCCUCCCCAGGGCAGCCACCCGAAAGCACCCAUCUUCAGCCCUUUCCCCAGCGUCAAACCGCUGCGGAAGUCAGCCACCGCCAGGAAUUUGGGAUUGUAUGGUCCUACCGAAAGAACCCCCACCGUGCACUUUCCUCACAUGAGCAGGAGCUUCAGCAAAUCGGGGGGUGGAAGCAGUGGUACAAAGAAACGAUGAUGGCCCACGGUAGCUGAUUCUCCAUUCACCUUCUCCCAGCGGCCUAAGGAUUCCAGCUGAAUGGCUCCAAAAGCGUUUUGACUGCCCCGUGAAAACGAGUCGACAGGUUCAGAGAUGAACACCGGGACAUGGAACUGCGAACUAGAACUUUGAGAAUGGGAGCUCGAAAGGGUCCGUCUUCCCCACCUAUCGAUCACGGAUCCAGUGAAUUCUUGUGGCAGAAUAAAUAGCGUAGUUUUCAAGUGUGACGUUUUCCCAGUUUUUCAUUGUGACUUGUUUAGACAAGACUGUGAAUCUGGACUGUUAACCCCUCUUCCUUCUUCCUGUUCUGAGGACCUGCAGGGGUCCCCGUGACCACCCUCCCCUCAAAUCUUCUGGUUCCCUGGGUGUUUCCGACCCCAGAGCACGCACACGCUAACUUACUAGAAUAGAAACUGUAAAAAGGAAGUAAGUUUCUUUAUUGCAAAAAACUUCUUAAUUUCCCUCUUCCAGUCCCACCGAGGGAAUGUGUGUGUGUGUGUGUGUGUGUGUGUGUUUCUUUAGUAGUUUCUUUCAGCCAAGCUCAAGAUUUUUUUUUUUAAUUCUUACGCUAAAGUGCAGGAGAAGAAUGUAGAUAGCCAUUCUUCCCGGUUCUGUCUGCAAAAUGAAGAAAACCUGUAUCUGCUGAAAUUUAGGUUGGUACAACAACUUGAAGAUCUUAUGCAGAGAACACACAUGGGAUGGGUAUCCAACCAUCGGCCUGAGUAGCGGGCUGAUUCCACGAAGCUUUCUGUCCUCUGAUGAAGAGUUCAGGUCCUCAGUGCGGGGAGGACGUGAUGGGCUCUGCGGAGCUUGUCCUGUGUCUUCCGCCCCCUAGUCACUCACCUACCAGCUCUCCUUUCGGGUCGCAGCGGGGCCCCCGUAGUUCUGUUACUUGAAUCUUGUGCUUUUUUGAUUGAAGUGCUUUGUUGAGUUUUUUGCUACUUGAACCCUGCCUUUCUUUGGAGAAGGCAUUUGUGCUUUCUAGCUCUCUCUUCCCCACCUGGCUGCCGGUCCCCGCGGGCAGAGACGACACCUGUUUUUCCACUAUGCAGAUGGGAACUCUGAGCCACAGCAGAAUGAAGGAGUAGUUCAGACGCACAAGUUGAACUCUCCUGGUAUUCAGUGUGACUCCCUCACGUCUCCGGAGGCGGAUUUAAUGCUCCUUGUGCACAGAUGCAUUGGUACGUAGGUUCUGAAAACCACCACCAGGAAGCCAUUCAUUCUGCUCCCUCCUGACUCAAAAGACCUCCCUCCAGAUGCUUCAGAGUCCUGUGAUGGCAUUUCACAAAACCAGCACUAACCCUUUAACCCCCCAAAGUCGUUCAUUUUAAAAAGGCUUCAUGCAGCUGUCAUUCCUCUGAACAAAGGCUCACUCCUCAGUCUCCUUCUCUUACUAUCAUUAGAAGAAUAGAUGCGGCAUCAUUACCCUCAUUUUUGAAAGACCUUGGCCGUGCUGGCUGGCAUAUCGUUGAUGCAGUUGAUGUUAAUUUGAGCUAAUUGGGUUGCCAGUUCUGAAACCAAAGCUGUAAUUCUAGAGAGGGCUUUUACUAGGAGAGGUAUUAAUUUUUGUAAUAGAGAAUGUGGUUGUGUGGGCUCUUUUGAACAGCAAAACACAAGAAGGACAUACAGCGAGAAAAGCCAUUUUAUUCCUUCUGUGGUAUUUUUACCCCCAAAGGAGCUAAAGAUGGAAAAUGUGACGAAUAAGUCAUUGCAGUUCUGGUCUUGAAUUCUGUGCCAUCUGAAGUUAGCAUGCGGCUUCUUAAAAAGCAGCGUUGCCCACCACCUCUGUCUUGGGAAGAGCGGAGGUGGAAUGCUGGGCUUACUUUGCAUUCCACCCUCGGGGGACGAGACCCACUGCAUUUUCCAAAGUUAAGCAAAUGACAUGAUUUACCUCCAUCUGCUAAAACUUUACAGACAAGAUCAUUCCACCUUAGGUUCUUAUCUCCUCCCCCGACCUGCAUGAGUCAUAACAGACUCAUCCCUUUGAGGGAUAUCUGACUCCAGUAGAGAAUUGUUCUUUCUUUUCUUGCAGCCCCUUGAGGAUCUUGUUUCGGGGGUGGGGUCUGGGAGAAGGCUGCUUACCAUCCUUAGUCUGCUGCUCUUGCUGCCUGUAAAGCAUCUUGGUAUUACCAGCGUGUGCCCUGCCCAUUCCCGGCUCUGGUCUUUCUGAGAAAGGGCUGGAUGAGCCGGCACAGGCUUGGGAGUAAGUAUUGACCCCCAAUGAAGGAACAAAGACAUGAAAGUGUAAUAGCCCUUUGAGGUAAAAAUGGCCUUGUCAGGAUUUUAAAAACCGGAGGAUUUCUGUCGAAGCGCUCUCUGUACCGAUAACGUGCGUGCCUUGUACCAUGUACUCAUGAUGUGAAUCGGGCAAUUUUGGAGCCGUGCCUGCUUCUGAAAAUGAAGACCGGUGGCGUUGCCUCUACCACACAGCAGAUGCAAAGACCAAUGUGGACCUGUUAUCGUCCCUGUAGACUAGACGCUGUAUGCAAGCACCAGAAGUACUUGAUGGGUAGCGGUUUCUUUAUUUCUAGCCACGUCUGUCCCCUGUCAACACUUGUGCGGGGAGUCGACACCUUCCAAUGCUUCUGCACCUCAGUCCUCUUACAAAAGCCUCCAGAUGAUUUAACCCUAGUUUGUAAUGUUGACCUCUGGGCUGUCAGUGUUUGAAACAUUGUAUUCCUUUUUUGGGUCUCUGUUGUUCUGGAGAAUUGUACUGAUUACAGAGAUAUGUGCAUAAAGAUUCUCAUUGUUGUAGCUGUUGUGCCGUUUUCUCUCAGAGCGCAUGCGUAGAAUACUGUCAUGCCCUUAACAUUCCCCUUCCUCUCCAGCCUUUUCCCUCCAUGGUCACCAUCCAGGGAACCCGCCCUGUAAGCUCCAUCUCCUCCAGUCUGAUCACUGGGUUAAAGGUGGCCUAUGACCUUUGGAGAACUUGGCAGAAUGGCGGGUUCCUAUGAGUAAAUGGAGAGUUUAUUUAAGAAUGCGCGUGUGAAUGUUCAUGUGUGUAUAAAAUUAACCUUUAGAUUUGUCAUUUUCCUUUGUUUAAAUAAAACAAAACAAUAAGAAUGCAA